UAAAACCAGUGUUCUUGCACUUAUCCAGCUUUGUAAACCAGUUUCAACCAGCUUGGUCUUCUUUUUAUUUUAAUGGUUUUCUGACAUUCUACCUACCUUGGACAAAUUACCUGCACCAGACAAAAUAAUCUUGCAGCACUGCAAGCACUGUAGCAUCUUUCAUCACCUGAUGAAUUACUUGUGAGUAAAAUGUAUUAUUAUUAACAGUCGUAUAAUCGAAAGGGGUGCCUGUGGAUCGGUUGAUAGAGUCAAUCAGUUUCCUAUCAGAUGAAUGGGAUUAGUCAAAACUGGUGGACUGUAUACAUAUCAGCUUUAGCCAUCAGUGUGUGAAUGCUGUGUGAGUGGGUUAGUGUGAAUUUUAUAUACGACAGAUUUGAGUGGUCAGAAGACUAGAAAAGUGCCAUAUAAACACAGUCCAUUUAUCAUUUACUUCUUGUAGACUCCAAAUGCUGGCAGUCUGAUGUGUCUGCAGCUGCCUGCCUCUAAUGCUCUACUACCAGGAUGGAAAUGGCACAGAAGACAGAUGGAAUCCUGUAGAGCAGCACGAGUUUGGCAGUUGUUUUCAUCUAGAAAAUGGAGAUAAAGUUGUAUGUAGGGUGUGUCUAUAUAACCACUUUACCAAGGCAGUGUGGGACAACCUCGAUGUCAACCUGUAAUGCUGGUGAUGCUACUCUCCCACCAGCAAACCACACCUACCAGGUAGAUGGUGUGCUUUUUAUAGCGAGGUUCUACAUACUAAGAGUCUGACUGCUUAUAAGGUAAUGAUGCUGUUCUUCAGCAGUAUUGGUAAACUCUUGCUCAGCUGGAACAACAGGUGUACACUGGUUUAAAGUUUAAUGAGUAUACAGUUACAGUGUAGCCUCAAGCUUGCCCAUAAAAACAUAAUACACUGAGAAAAUGUGUGCGCAGCUUUAUGUACUCACGCAAAUGCUGUAAAAUCGAGGAGGGCCUUUUACAUUUGCACUUUGAGACUCUUUAGUGAGAGUUUAUUUUUCAAGUAUUGCGUUUCAUUGUCUCAGUUGCCAAUCCUGCCUUCUUUUAGCACUCUAGGUUCUAGUUUUCAUGUGUGAUAUUUUAAGAUAUUUUACUGUCAUUAUAAAAAAACUAACUUUGAACAUGCCAUGCAGACUGACAAAGCUACAGCUUCUUCAUGUCUGGACAAUAAUAAACCUGACCUCUGACCUCCUGUGAUCUCAUGAGCAGAGACGAUGUUCUAUUUUUAUUGGCGGGCUGUCCAGAUUUCGUGUUUUACCCCUGUCAUGAGGGCCACAAAGAAGAGGCAGGGUGACACAAUAAUCCUAAAAACACAACAAUUCUGGUUUAAUCUCUUGGUGAUACAUUAAACAAUAUAGAAGUUGAGGUUUUAGCAGACCACCUCAGAUAUCAGGGUUUACUUCAAAUCCUUAAUCCUUUAAAAUGGGCAAUAUGAAGUGUGAGAUAAAAAUAGAGACACAGACCCUGAGGACAGUACAUCCAUCUGACAAAAAAAAACAAAACAAAAAAAAACACAAAGUCUGUGUAAACAGGUUUAUCUCCAGGCAUUCAGAGCAAGUGCUUUCUCAUUUAAUUAGUGUGUGCUAAACCUCUCUGAGGCAUGAAAUCAUCCUUAAAGCAAUCCACACAAAUCCCCCCACUCACUCAGUACUGUUCAAUUAGCCCACACGCCCUUGAUCUCUGAAAACAUACGUAUCACUGCAUCCUGUCACAUGAGCUCUCACUUAUUCUCCACCUCAAAAACACAUACCUGAAUGUACAGUUUGUGCAUAUGCCAACAUGUUUUAGAAUAGAAUAGAAUAGAAAAGUCCUUUAUUGUCAUUGUAACCAGUACAACAAAAUUAAAAAAGUGCCAAACAGUCAGUGCAUCAGUAAAAACAACUACAGUAAUAAAUAGCAGUACUAAAUAAAGAAAUAAAUCCCAAAGAGCUUUAAAUUCAAUUUGCACAAUUGACAUAUGGGAUAGCCACAUCCAGGUGAAUGUAGUAUCCAAUGUGCAUCCUAACACUGGACUUCGAUAGGGACAAAGUUUAAAAAUCUACUUUUGGAUUUUUCAAACUGAUGAAAAAUUCUAGAAUUAAACAAUCAGGAUUCAUAGGUGAAUCAAUUUUUCCUCACACAUAACCUUCCUUAAGGCAUUGAGUUAUUGCUGUUGGAUCAAAACUGUUUUUAAGUCUGUUUGUUCUUGAUUUGAUUGUCCUGUAACGUCUGCCUGACGGCAAAAGUUCAAACAACGAGUGACCAGGAUGGAAAGUGUCUUUAACAAUGCUCUGAGCUUUUUUAGCACAGCGAGCACUGUGAAGGUCGUCCAGUGAGGGAAGGGGGCAACUGACUAUCCUCUGGGCUGUGUUGACGACCUGUUGGAGAGCCUUUUUCUGGGCCACAGUGCAGCUGCUAAACCAUACACAUAUACAAUACAUCUCUUUAAAAAUAGAUCAAUUCAUCCUAUCAAAUCUGUAACUUGUGCUCUCAUCUCAAAAUAACGCUCUACAUUAAGUCUUUCUAAAAAUAUCACACAAUUUUCUUUAAGAAGGUGUGGAAUUGCAACAACAUCAGGAAAAGUAAAUCGAACAUGGUUAUCGUAAAAGGAAUGAUAAGGUGAGCCCUAAGUAGGGUGUUAAAGGAAAUCUAACUCAUGAGAGACAGAAAGAAGUAGAGGUGUGUCGAAAGCAGGGGAUUUAGAGACUUUGGCGGCACGUGCGCGGCUAUCCUACUUUGAGAUGAUCACUCUACAGUAUGAGAUCAGAGACAAAGAAGAGGAGGAGAGUCCAGCGGGAGAGACAGAGAGGUCAGCAUCCUGACAGUCAGAGCUGCACGGCAAACGGAGAGGACAGAAAGUUUUAUUGGCAGGGUUGAACUUACUUGGAGUGUAUUUGUAGCAGUUUGAGAGUUUUAUUCAUUCACCAAAAAGCUGGACUUGAAGAAAACAAAUUAGGAAUAGAGACCUGAAAGUAAAAAUAGAAAAAAACGAACUUUUUUUUUUCUUCAGACAUCAUGGCACAGAAGGUCAUCGGCUCACCGUUCCUCAAGCCUUUUUUCCUGAAGACGCCGGUCAGAGUGGUCGGCCCUCUGCGACAGAGACGACACACACUUCCUGCCAGCGAGUUCAGAAACCUCACGCCACAGGACGCCAUCAGCGUGUUUGAGAUCGAGAGGGAAGGUGAGUCAAACUCAAACAGAAAACAAAAUUAUGUUUCAUCAAAUGAAUGUUUUUGUUUUGUUUUAUUUAUUUAUUUUUUGUAUGAAAGAACCUGAUUGUUUUGGACUCGGGGAUCAUACUGUAUUAUUCUGCUCUGUUACAGGAAAAGUUACUCCUCUUUUCUUCCUUAAACUCCAUUCUCUACUGCUCAGUACAAUCUCUGCCAGUUCUUACUUGAGGGGGAUGACAUUUCCUCCAUCCUGUAGUCAUCCUGAUCUUAACUGUGAUUACUCACAGGGCUUGACCCACAGUCUAAACCGGUUCUUUUUACUCCACAGCAUUUGUCUCUGUGUCUGGAGAGUGUCCUCUUACCCUUGAUGAGGUACUUAACUUCUUGAGCCAGUGUCCUGAGCUCUCGCUGGGCUGGUUUGAGGAGGGACAGCUGGUAGCUUUCAUUAUCGGCUCUGGCUGGGACAAAGAGAGACUAUCACAGGUGGGACUGGAUUAUUAAAAAAUGAAUGAUGCUCGCAGUUUGAUAAAGAUUGUUUUUCUUAUUAAAAAAUUAAUCAAUUUUUGAUUAAAUUCAUCUUGUGUGUGAAUUUUGGUGCCUUGGUGAUCUAAAUGUAAUCCACUCCCUUCCAGGAGGCAAUGACUCAACAUGUCCCGGCCACCUCCACUGUGCACAUCCAUGUCCUGUCUGUGCACCGCCAUUGUCGCCAGCAAGGCAAAGGCUCCAUCCUUCUGUGGCGGUACCUGCAGUACCUGCGCUGUAUGCCAGGUCUCCGCCGGGCUCUGCUAAUCUGCGAGGACUUCCUGGUGCCCUUCUACCUCAAGGCUGGCUUCAAGGAGAAAGGAUCAUCAGCCAUCUCUGUAUCCAACAUGCAAUUCCAAGAGAUGGAGUACACGCUUGGCGGGCAGGCGUACGCCAGGCGAAACAGUGGUUGCUAGUCCACCAGGCACAAUCUUCACCCACCCUUCCUCCACCAACUCACUUCUUACCUGGACUCAUGGCAGGAAAGAUUAACAAAACACAGCUGGACAGAUGGAGGCAAAGAGCCCAGUAUGCACCAACAGACUUCAUCCAAUUUUUAUAUCAAGGUCUGUCUAUGUGGAGCUCCACACACUAUCCACUGAAAAAGAAUGUCUGUGUGAAGACAGGAGGACAGUCAUGCAUAGAUAAGAAAAACUGCUUUCCACUUCGUGCCUUUAGAAGAUAACACAUCCAUAUUUUAUUCACUGUUUCCUGUGAUUAGAAGUCUGUUUCAGGUGUUCCCUUAAUUCCAAGACUGUCUGCAAAGUAGCAAAAGCCCAGAUAAAGCAGGAAAAGAUUAACCUACCUCAGACACUGGCAGCAUGGCAUGUCGCCAGCUAGCCUUUAAUAGUGACCUGCCUGUCUUCUUUGAUAUUAGAUUGCAUGAAAAUCUUGUUAACUAUAGGAAACGAGCUUUAACAACAGGAACUUCAGAGAAAUACUAGGUCAAAAUCAAAAAGUUCCUAACCAGAUUUACAACCUUAAGAUCUCAUGAUCAUAGAGAAACAGAAUAAAAUGGAUGGAUGUAAAUCUUCUAUGGGCUUCCUUACAGAUAGUAAAUCAUAUUCUUUCUGGUAUCAAAAGUAGUAUUGAAUUUCCCUUCAGGGUUCAAUAAAGUUCUUCUUCUUCUAGCUCAGCUUUUUCAGCGUAAUGCUAGUUUCCGUUUUAUUUUUUUUUGUCUUUCUUCAAAAAUCUCUUUUGCAGUUUUAUUCAGACAAAUACUGGAAAAUCAAAGGUAUACGCUUUAAAUUGUAAAUAUUGCUCUUUUGUAGGAGUAGACCAUAGAAGCCAAAGGGUGUGUUUAAUCCGACUGUAGCUAUUAUCAAAGUGAGUUACCAAGGAUGUUACAUGUUGAUCAUGCAGCCACACUUCAAUACUUUGAACAUGUUGAAAAUCUGUAUUAAUGAUUGGUUGUUUUUUUGUUGCAUUAUUUAAAUAAAUCAUGAACAAUGAAAGCGUUUAUCUUGUUUGUUUUUUUUCAUAUUAAUA